CAUUUGUCUCAUUGUAUCAGCGUGCAAGGAAAGGGAAAAUGACCGGUUUUCAUUCAUGUUGUACCACUCAAACCUCGGCUAACCGUGUAGCUAGCUAAUACUGCCCGUCCACGGCAGCUGCAGCAGUGUUUAGUCCACAGUUUUCUCAAAAGCUGUAUCUGAAAUCAGUAAAAAUGGCUCGAGAGGGGAGUACUCACCCAGAUCUGGAUCCAGCCAAGUAUGAUGCAGCAGAAGCGGUGAAGAUCAUCUGUUUGGGCGACAGCGCAGUUGGCAAAUCCAAACUCAUGGAAAGAUUUCUUCUGGACGAUCGGCCACAGCAGAUGUCCACUUAUGCGCUGACACUGUACAAGCACAAAGCUACUGUGGGGAACAAGACAGUAGCAGUAGAUUUCUGGGAUACGGCGGGCCAGGAAAGGUUUCAAAGCAUGCAUCCGUCAUACUAUUAUAAAGCGCACGCCUGUAUCAUGGUUUUUGACAUCCAAAGAAAGAUCACCUACAAAAACCUAAGCAUGUGGUACAAGGAGCUGCGAGAGUACAGACCAGAGAUCCCCUGUUGUGUAGUGGCCAAUAAGAUCGAUGCCGAUAUGAAGGCAACUCAACGAAGCUUCAACUUUGCAAAGAAACACGACCUCCCUUCUUACUUUGUGUCAGCAGCGGAUGGGACCAAUGUUGUUAAGAUGUUUCGAGACACUAUCAGAAGAGCCGUGGAGUACAAGCAGAAUCCCACAGACUUUAUGGAUGAAGUGCUACAAGAACUGGAGAACUUUGACUUGGAUAAAACAGCAGAGGAUUCUGAAGCGGACGAUUAGAAUCCAAAAUCUCUGAAUGUGAAAAAUAUAGUUUAUAAAUGCCUAGUUUUUUGUAAAAUCCCUGUACAUCUCAUGAACAUGUAUUUCUCAGAAAAGACAGUGCUGUGAAUAGAUUUGUAAUGACCUGCCUUCUCUGACAUUGAACUGGCACAUUGUAAACUAAUUUAUAUGUUUUAUAUCUUAGUUUUUAUUUUUUAAAGCAAAAUGUGAAGCGUUGUAAAAGGGAAUGUGUAAUUAUUAUUCAUAUUAUUUUUGCUGCUAUCCUCGUGCAUAUGCGUAGGACUUUGAGAUGUCAGCAGGGCGCUAUAUUUGUGUAGAAUCUGUGAAGUUGGCUCAACAGCACCAUUUUAUUCACAAAUUAAUGUUAGAGGUAAACAGAUUGUGUUCUUGUGGACCAUAGUGCUGGCAUAGUCACAGUUCUCCGUAAAAGUACAUUUGUAUGCUUUAUUUUCAGGGGUGGGCGAUAUGCCAGAAAAUUAUAUCACAAUUUUCUUGGAGCCAAGUCAUUAUUAAAUUUUUUUUUAAAGGCAUAGUAUG